UGCGAAUCUGCUGAUGGCUUUACUAAUAUUAUUCCUGCUGAUGGCUUUACUAAUAUUAUUCCUGCUGAUGGCUUUACUAAUAUUAUUCCUGCUGAUGGCUUUACUAAUAUUGUUCCUGCUGAUAGCUUUACUACUAUUAUUCCUGCUGAUAGCUUUACUAAUAUUAUUCCUGCUGAUGGCUUUAGUAAUAUUAUUCCUGCUGAUAACUUUACUAAUAUUAUUCCUGCUGAUGGCUUUACUAAUAUUAUUCCUGCUGAUGGCUUUACUAAUAUUAUUCCUGCUGAUAGCUUUACUAAUAUUAUUCCUGCUAAUAGCUUUACUAAUAUUAUUCCUGCUGAUAGAUUUACUAAUAUUAUUCCUGCUGAUAGCUUUACUAAUAUUAUUCCUGCUGAUAGCUUUACUAAUAUUAUUCCUGCUGAUAGAUUUACUAAUAUUAUUCCUGCUGAUAGCUUUACUAAUAUUAUUCCUGCUGAUAGAUUUACUAAUAUUAUUCCUGCUGAUGGCUUUACUAAUAUUAUUCCUGCUGAUAGCUUUACUAAUAUUAUUCCUGCUGAUAGCUUUACUAAUAUUAUUCCUGCUGAUAGAUUUACUAAUAUCAUUCCUGCUGAUAGAUUUACUAAUAUUAUUCCUGCUAAUAGCUUUACUAAUAUUAUUCCUGCUGAUAGAUUUACUAAUAUUAUUCCUGCUGAUAGCUUUACUAAUAUUAUUCCUGCUGAUAUCUUUACUAAUAUUAUUCGGUGUGACUCUACUGAGAGAUAUUCUGAUACUACUUGA